AUUUGCGUCCACAUUUUCUUUACCUUCCUCUUCCUGACAAGCUCUCCUUGCAGAUGGUUGAUCUGAAGGAAUGAUCCGUUUGAGCCGACGGCACUGACCGGUCUCACGGCUCGCACUGGCCUCCUGGGCGUUCUCGACAGUCCUUUGACCUCGUCCGCCACCCCGUUUCCAAAGCGAGCGCUUCUGCUGAAGUUACUGCUGCUGACGGACAAAGACUUGUACAGGCCAUCGUCCAGCGAGUUCUUCCCAACAGUCUGGAGGUCGGUGUGGGACUUGGCUCGGAGUGACAUUGCAGGCCUGAUCAGUGAGUUAAAAAAAGAGGUUGUAGUCGGAGCAGCAGAAGAGUUACAUGAAUGAGGUUCUCAGUUUCACGCUGGGUUCUGGAUCCUGUCGCAUCCUCACGUUCAUGAAUUAUAAAUCGGGUAACGUGAGCAGACUAACCUGUUUGUGAGAGGGGCACGCUAUCGUCUGUAUGAGGUCAGUUGGUGAAGAAUACACCCUCUCCCACUCUCUAUAUCUACGUUAUUUUUAAUAGGUUUUAAUGCACCCAUGCAUGUAACUUUGAAGUGUACAGUCUGCCUUUUGUCCGCGGCACUAGCAACUCCCUUUCAUGAAUAGAGACAACCCAAACACCAGAAAAAGCUAUUCCAGAUUCCCCGGCUGGUGCCACUGUCAGACACCAAACUGAUGCCUUUUAUCCUUCCUUUUCUGCGCACCAUUGAGAUGAGAGUGGACGACUCCCUAAUGUUUGGAAUUUGGACGCUCAUUUGACCUGUCUUUGGGCGUGUUGACUCAGCCAUAAAGGUGUCAAGAAAAAUCUAAAUUAAUACAAAAUCUUUAUGAAGUCGCAAAAGAACACAAUGAACUGGUCCUCUUUUGUUUAGGAAGGAAUGUUCCUCAUUGGAACAGAUGAGUCAUAAAUCUUUAGAGGUUUAAAGGAAGAAGAACUGAUUAGAUUAGAGUUUUUGUGGGUACGGGAAGUUUGGUUGCUAACUACAAAAUAAAUCACUUUAAACAGAAGCGCCUUCAUGACCAAGAGUGAGGGCUUCCACAUCACAUUUUCAGUAGAACUAAAUAAGGACAAUGGAAAUGAAGGCGCUGCAUUUACGCUCUCAAAUCCCACACAGUGGAGGUCAGACGGAGUGUGUCUCAUCUCAGAAGUGAGGGUAGCGCAGGACAUGUUUGAGGACAGUGCUGAGGUGGGUAGAAGGUGAGGGUAGGUGUACAUCAGAGAUCAGAUCUCAGUCCAUUCUUGUUUGCUGCUGUUAUGGACCGACUGACAGACCAGUUUAGGGAAGAGUCUGCACGGACCAUGGCGUUUGCUGACUGUAUGGUAAAUGAGGAAUAAUGACGCAGUAUUGCAGGGUUGAUGAAACAGUGCCCUAUUUUUCAGUGGCCACUGGGUGGCGCUAUUGCUUUAGAAAUGAUGUGAGGUUCCAUUGAAUUCUUCAUUCACAGUUACACUCUCUUGUGAAAUCUCAUCUUCUGAUCAGUCGUAUACCUGCAGUCGUACCUGUAGUGAGAACAGGGAUGUGUUUGGAGGAGGAGCUGGAAAGGUGCAGGUACGAACUGGAGAGAAGAGGAACGAAGCUCAGCAGAAACAGGACAUAAUCAUGUGAGUGAGAGGCAGGAGAAAACAGACGUGUUUGGAAAGAGAUUAAAGGAGGUGAGAGUGCAGACAGGGUGGAAUGGGUGGAGAUGACUGUCAGAUGUGACAGGAGGAGAGUGAGAGGGAAGCUGUAUAGGACAGUCGUGAUGUUUGGUCCGGAGACAGUAGCUCUGACACAAAGACAAGAAGGACAUUUGAAGAUACACAGGUUUUUGUUGGGAGUGACUCGAAAGGAUACAAUAAGAAACAAGUACAUCCGAGGGUCAGCUGAAGGAGAAAGUUUUGGACACAUACAGUAGUGAGAAAAGAGAAUAUGUGUAUCAUGGUUCACUUCUGCUUCGAUUUCAUUUUAGAGUUAGUUAUAACUUCCUGUCUGCUCCCCUCUUUACUCCCAGUUUUUGACCUCUGCAUUACUCUCUGUUCUUUUUCACCUGACUCUGUAUUUUAUGAUGACUCAGUGUCUGAGCCUUGCAUCUUGUGUUUCUGAGCUUGCUAGCCAUGAGCCUGUGCUUGACUGCAUUCGUGAAUUGAUGGAGUGUUAGAUUUGAUUUGUCGAGUCUCUCCUGCAGUUUACCAGUCGCCCCUGGGUUCCACUCACACAUGUCGCCUGACUAUAAAGAAGACAGGAGUGAGCAGGGAGGAUGGGCAAGACAGUAAAAGGUGGAGGAGGCUGACUGACUGUGGCGACCUCUGACUGGAAAUAAUGGACUACACUUCUGUAUUGCACAAAAGCAAACGUUCAAAGCUUGAACUUCAGUCCAACCCUUCCUAAUUCCAGGUACAGUAAUUGGGGGGUGUAAAAAAGGGGGACUUUUACGAUCAGUCUGCGUUAAAAAAAAAAAAAAUGUAGAAGUAUAAUUGCUUUUGGACUCCUGUCCAAAAUCCACAGACAAGGAGCACAUAGUUCCCUAAUGAAGUUGUGUCGCCAAGUGAUCCUUUCUGGUCACCCAGGGAGCGUGGUCUGGCUGGUCAGGGACGUGUGACCAAUUAACCUCCCAAACCCCCAUUUAGCCUUGAUCUGCCCCUUUAUUCCCAGAAGGUCUGCUGAGAUUGAAAAAGUAGAGCAUGAUGUUCUUGUUGCCUCCAUGCAUGUGAGCUGGUCCAAAAUGCUGCUUCUGUUGACAUCUCUGAGAGUAGGUGGCUUUCAGCAGGCCGACAAAGAAUUGUCUUAUUCUCCCGAGCUUGUUGAGAAGACAGGGACCCUUUCAUUGGCUUUGGUGGAGAGAUUACUUUAGUCUAGCAGAGUUUGUAUGGGACUUUUGAGGUUUAAAUCUAGCGGCACUCAUUUUGAUCCUGGAGAUGAAUAUGAUAUUUGAUGAUGAGACUGCAGUAGAAACAAGGGUACCUGGUCACGCAGUGACAGCUGUUGUAAAUAAUUCUCGGGGCCGUUCUGUCAGUUUCACAUUCACAGCAGCUCAAACAGAACAGAAGACGUGUGACAGGAUUGCAAGGCGCAGAAGAAUAUAGCGAAGGCCUUUUGUCUUCAACACAGGAUAAGUCAAAUGACACACGAAGACCUCAAACUCAAAGCGACUAUUUCGAGUGGUCAUUCAAAAAAAAAAAAAAUUGAAUCCAUACACAAAAUACUGCUGUAUCUCAAACAUAUCUAAGCAACGAAAUCAGUUUGCUGCUGUCUUUGUUGCAACUCAAAGAGUGAGAUGACCGUUGUUCUAUCGGUCCAUUUUUGCUGAUUCAGCAAAUUUUACUUCCCACAGACAUGGCGUUCAAACAAAUCUAAUACGCUCCUCCCCGGCUAUAACCACUUAACCUCACCCUUGACCAAAAGUCCCUGCACCUUAUAGGAAACCAACACUCCCUCCUAUUGCCUCCCUUUUCAUCCCAGGGUGAUGCAGAAGUCAGACGUCUGUGUUGCGUGUUGCUGCAUUUGCUUUCAACAUUGUGGCAUUUUGUGACUGCCAUAUAAGAAGCGUGUCUGUGGGCUGUAAAGAAAAGUGUUCAACCAAUAAGAGUGAGAAAGUGUUCAGCAUGAAAAACUACAGUGGCAAAAUUCGUCUUUGUGGUGACCCUCCGUAUUAGAGUGUAAUACUAUCAUCAUUUCAUAUACUGUUUCAUACUCGAGUGGUGGGCAAAAAGUGACCUCCUCACGUGGAGCCACUGCCAGUGAAGCAUUGAGAUAAGACUGUAAUGUUGGUCAGGCUGGUGCUGCGGACAAAUUGGAGCUUACUUACUUACUGAAUAAGAAGUACUGGGCGUCUUGUUUGUCAGAAACAGAAUGUGAUGUGAGCAGCGGGGCUGUGAUUUGAUAACAAUGCCCAAGGUGAUUUAUGUCAAGAUGCCAAGAGUUCAAGUCUCUUCCUUAUCUCAUCAACGGGGCGUCAGGCAGGUUUGACCCCCAGCUUCCUGUUUCCUGUUCUUUUUUACAUCAGGUUUGCUGAAUGUUUUUCAAUUCACACUCUGACUCUUUUCGCCACAUUCCUCCUCUUUCGUUUUCUGAGGUGCAUUUACUCAUGAUGGAAUUCGUGGAUGGAUUGUUUUUACUGUUCUUUGCGUUGACCUGCUCCACACAUGCCAGCAGCCUGGCCAAAGGCACUAGCAGCCAUGGGGUUUUCCUGCUGAUCGAAGAUGAUAUGUACACCUUCAACUACACCACUGCCCAAGCUGCAUGCCUGUCGCUCAGAGUUCCCAUGGCAACACUCGCCCAAAUGCAGCAGGCUGUGGACCAAGGACUGGAAACAUGCAAAUUUGGCUGGGUGGAGGAACGGGUGGCUGUUGUUCCUCGGAAAACAAGCGAUAAAAAGUGCGGGAGUGGAAAAACUGGUGUGGUUAAGUGGUUCGCAUCUCCAUCGAAAUUGUUCGCCGCGUUUUGCUUCAACCCUCCAGCUCCCACGGCGUCAUCAGCGGUUUCCACCUGGACGUUGGCAGCGACCCAAGCCUCAACACAUGUGACCCAUCUGCUCAGAUCGACGACCAGAUUCUUACCUUCAAGAGGGCCUGAGGACAUGAAUUAUCCUCAUCAUACUACUCUUAAAACAGCUCACGAUCAAAAGGCAACAUCUGGUCCUGAAUUGCCACCGACUCCCCUUCAGUCCCUGCAAAACACAACUUCGUCCUUCACAGGAGCCACGUCCUCCAUGACCCCCUCUCCUGUUUCAGUUCCUUCUAGCCCAGCUUCCACCUCCACGGUGUCCUCCACACCUGUCCUGCCGCCGUCACUCACAUCUCCAAAGUCUUCCUUCGGAGCCCUUCCCAUGACGCUGACAAUUCUGGCUGUCAUCCUUGUUGUGACUGGUGCAGGUGCAACUUUGUACUGCAAGAAAACGUUUGCUUUUGGAUCCAAGUGGCUGCAGAAUGAGGAUGUGGAGACGGAGAUGUGGACGCCCAGCGAUAGUGAGCCAUACUCAGCACCUCAGCAUGGAGCCAUGGAGGAAGAGGAAGAAGAGGACAGGACGUACUCCAGUGAUAUCAGGCUAUGUGUGGACAGCAAAGUUAACUCUUUAACUUAAUGCCAGUCUGAGACAUUCAGCAGGAAAUGUUAUCUAUGGCUGUUGUCACCCUGAAAUACCAAUGAUCAAUAGUAAUGUGUGUUUUUGUUAUCUGCACAUGAACAUGCAGUGUUAUUUAUCAUAGCAUACUUAUGUUAUGAAAACGUCUGGUUUAAAAAUAAAU